GGUACUCCGAGGCACCCACACAUGCGUAGCAAGGGAGACAAACAUGGAGCAGACUGAAAAGGCCUAUCAGAAGCAGCAGCCAGUAUUUCAAAACAAGAAGCGUCUCCUAGAACAAGCGGUCAAGAAGGAGCAGCGGUAUGUGAGAAAUGUUGGCCUAGGAUUCAAGACUCCACGCGAAGCCGUCGAGGGCACGUAUAUCGACAAGAAAUGCCCAUUUACGGGCAACGUGAGCAUUCGAGGCCGUAUCCUGAGCGGAGUGGUGGCGAAGAUGAAAAUGAAGAGAACAAUCGUCAUACGUCGUGAUUAUCUUCAUUAUAUCAAGAAAUAUAAUCGAUACGAGAAGAGACACAAGACCAUGUCCGUACAUUGUUCACCUUGUUUCAGGGAUCUUGCUCUUGGAGACACUGUGGUUGUUGGUCAGUGCAGGCCACUAAGCAAGACAGUGCGAUUCAAUGUUUUGAAGGUUAUCAAAUCGAGUUCGGCAAAGAAACAGUUCAAGAAGUUUUAGAUCGACUUCUGUAGUCUUGCUUCUAAAUUGUCUACAGUAAAUAAUCUUCUCUGAA